ACACUUGGUUUUGAUAAAGUGUUAUUCUAUUGCAUAGAGGUUCACAUCGGACUGCAAACUAGCUUCUCUCACUUGUGUUGCUUUGUGCCGAAUGGAGGGUCCUUAGCUCCCUUUUCUCUCACCACCUUCUUGUCAGCUCUAACUAAACACCCUCUUCAAUUCAAGUUCUGGGCUUUCUGAUCUGCAUCGUCUUUCAGAGACCCUGGUUUUGGUUUUUACUCAACGUUUUCAUCUUUCUUUGUCUUGCUGUGGUUUGGCUUUGAAGGGAAGGAAGUGCAGCUUGUAGCAAAUCAAAUUGGAGGAAUUUUUUUUUUGUCUGAAUACUGAUGUCACAACCACAGGUCGGUGCUGGGGAGGAGGAAGGUAGCAGUGAUGUUACAGCAUUGUCUUCCUCACUUUCUAUGGAUAGUGUAUGUCCUAACAGCUCAGAUUUGAAGGAGCGAAAUUACAUGGGAUUAUCUGAUUGCUCUUCGGUAGACAGUUCAAAAGGCUCCGAUGUAGAUGGAAGUAAAAGUAGACUUAACCUGAUGGCUACGGAACUUAGGCUUGGGCUUCCUGGGUCCCAGUCUCCUGAGAGAAACUCGGAACUGAGGCUAAUCUCCACUCAACCUGAUGAGAAGCCCCUUUUCCCAUUACAUCCUGUAAAGGAUUCAUUGCAGAAAACAAUUGUUUCAGGCAACAAGAGAGGGUUCUCUGAUGCUAUGGAUGAGUUCUCAGAGGGCAAAUAUGCUAAUACAGAUGUAAACUUGUUGAUGUCACCCAGGCCUUCUCCAAACUUGGGAUUGAAAAGUGGUUCUGUACCUGAGAACCAUGGCACUCAGGAACCCAAAAUGAAGGAGAUAGUAUCACAAAAGAUAAUACAAGAGUGCCCUCAAACUGCCACAGAAACCGGGCCAAAUCAUACUAUUACUACCAGUGUACCUGCAAACAAGGCGCAGGUUGUGGGUUGGCCACCUAUAAGAUCAUUUAGGAAGAACUCAUUGGCCUCUUUGUCAAAGAACGCGGAUGAAGUAGAUGGAAAACCAGGGCCUGGUGUUCUAUAUGUCAAAGUCAGCAUGGAUGGUGCUCCUUAUUUGAGGAAAGUAGAUUUGAAACAUUACUCAGCAUACCAGGAACUUUCUUCUGCUCUUGAGAAAAUGUUUAGCUGUUUUACUAUAGGUCAAUACGUAUCUCAUGGAGCUCGGGGCAGAGAGAUUAGUGAAAGCAAGCUGAAGGACCUCCUUCAUGGAUCGGAAUAUGUCCUGACCUACGAGGAUAAAGAUGGUGACUGGAUGCUUGUGGGUGAUGUCCCUUGGGAGAUGUUUAUCAAUACCUGCAAAAGGAUGAGGAUAAUGAAAAGCUCAGAUGCCAUUGGCCUUGCUCCAAGAGCCAUGGAGAAGUGCAGGAACAGGAACUAGCCAGUAAUAUGCACUGUGAUCUUCCAUCCAGCUGUCUAUAAAAUUGGAAUGAAGGCAUGGCCUAAGACCAACAGAUGCAAUUUGGAGUGGAUGGGACAUCACCGGUGUGUGCUUCUACUAUGUUAUUACUACAUCUGUGAUUUCUGUUUGCCAUAUCAAGUUUCUGUUAACUACCUUUCUAACUCGUCAACACUAUUAAUACUACUGAAACACUUAAAAACUCUGUAUCCUGAAGUACCUAUUUACUUGUUCUAUGGGGGCAGGUUCCUGUAUCCGUACAGGAUCCUAAGACCUGAUGUUUGUAAAGUGCUAUUGUUUGUGAAACUUGUUAUUUAUGUGUGCAAGUUAUCCAUGUUAAAUUGUUAAUCC